GGUCACCCGUGUCCUCUAGAGGGCAGUAAAACCGAGGCUAAUUCAUAAACAUCAUCUGUUUGUUUCGACGAAAGCUGUUUGAGAAGCUAGCUAACAUGUCGGAGUACAACUCGGUUCAAAAAGGCUCUUUAAAACUGAAAGGAGUGUCUCUAGCGAGUAAAAAGAAAAAGAAGAAGGACAAAGAAAGAAAGCAUUUAGAGGAGCAGGUUUUGACCACUCAGAAUGAAGAAGGAGCGAAGAAAGUUUAUGUUGAUAAAAGGACACCAGCACAGAUAACGUUCGACAAAUUACAGGAAAAAAGGCAAAUGGAAAGAAUUUUAAAGAAGGCUUCCAAAACACACAAGAGAAGAGUUGAGGAUUUCAACAGACACCUGGACGCACUGACAGAGCAUUACGACAUUCCCAAAGUCAGCUGGACUAAAUAAACCUGUAUGGAUUCUCGACUGGGUGCUUUCAGAGCAAAAUCUGCUGUCGUUAUGUUACCAUACAUGCUUCUUGCUUACUCUGCAAUAAAGUCCAGAGCGAUCUUCCCCAGUUUUAAUUUCCCCUUUGGGAUGUAGUAAAAUUAUUCACUGUACAUUGGAGUUUUGAUUUUUAAACUCUUUCCAUAUUUAAGUCCAACUGUUUGCCUGUAGUGAUUAUUAUAUUUUGUAACUUGGGUUAAAUUACCUGUGUAAGAUUUUUGAUUGGGUUUUGUUUAUUGUAAGGCUUGACCACCAAAUAAACAGUUUUAAGCAUUUUA